CACGGAGAGGACCGCUUGCACUCCAGCUCAGCGUUCAGUCUGGCCCACACGCUCUGAGCUCAGCGCCGGCCGUCAGCUCGCUCUUUUCACUUUAUUUUCCCUGGAACUGUUUAGUGUGUGUGUGCAGCCAAACCAAUAACCAGCCAUGGAUGCCAUCAAGAAGAAGAUGCAGAUGCUCAAGCUCGACAAGGAGAACGCCUUGGACAGAGCUGAGCAGGCUGAGGGAGAUAAGAAGGCAGCGGAGGACAGGAGCAAACAGCUGGAGGAAGAGUUAAGAGAGUUGGAAAAGAAAUUGCGCAUAACCGAGGAUGAGCGCGAUAAAGUGUUUGAGGAGUUCCAGCAGGCCGAGGAAAAGUUGCUGACCGCAGAGGAGGUCGCCACUAAGGCUGAGGGUGAUGUAGCCUCUCUUAACAGACGUAUCCAGCUGGUUGAGGAGGAGUUGGAUCGUGCUCAAGAGCGUCUGGCCACUGCCCUUCAGAAGCUGGAGGAAGCCGAGAAGGCUGCUGACGAGAGUGAGAGAGGCAUGAAGGUCAUUGAGAACAGGGCCUUGAAGGAUGAGGAGAAGAUGGAACUGCAGGAGAUUCAGCUCAAAGAGGCCAAACACAUUGCUGAGGAAGCUGACCGCAAAUAUGAGGAAGUGGCCCGUAAGCUGGUGAUUGUUGAGGGUGAGCUGGAGCGUACAGAGGAGCGUGCUGAGCUGUCAGAGAGCAAAUGUGCUGAGCUUGAGGAAGAGUUGAAAACUGUGACCAACACCCUGAAGUCUCUGGAGGCCCAGGCUGAGAAGUACUCACAGAAGGAAGACAAAUAUGAGGAGGAGAUCAAGGUCCUCACCGACAAACUGAAGGAGGCUGAGACUCGUGCUGAGUUUGCUGAGAGAUCAGUAGCCAAGCUUGAGAAGAGCAUUGAUGACCUGGAAGAUGAGCUGUAUGCCCAGAAACUCAAAUACAAAGCUAUCAGCGAGGAGCUAGACCACGCUCUCAACGACAUGACUUCAAUGUAAUUCAUGUGCUGUCUCUGCUUGUGCCUCUGCCUGCCUAUCCCCUCCCUCACCCCCUCACACUCCCUCCAACUCGUCACUACAUCUCUCUGACUCUGUCUGGCCAACACCAUCCUCCUUUCAUAAAAUGUCCUGCUAUCGCUGUGACUCAGCAAGAUUGAUGGCUCCUGUAGUCAUGCUCCUUGUUCACUUGUUAAUGGUCAUGUUAAUUGUCUUUAGCAUGUUCUUGUCUUUGCACACUUUGUGGCAAAGGCUUUGAAUUUAUGCUGAGUAAAUAUGUCUGCACUGGAGCAAAUGUAAAGAUGAACAGUGAAGCCAGAUUUUGUGGAAGCAGUGUAUAGUAGUGCUGUUAACUUUCUACCAGGUUGUACUGUUUCCCAUAACCACUGUAUUACUUUUACAUCAAAGUAAUCUUUUCUAAUUUGUGGAUGAAAGUGAAUUGCACCAAGCUCUAAAAAAGUGUUUUGAGUUAAUGAUCUGAUAAUGUACAAGCAUAAUCCAUUGUUAACCCUGACAUACAGCAUGUGUAAGCAGUUUUUCUAAAAUGAAACUGUGCUGAAGGGGAAGCGUUUCAGUGACGAUUAUGCUUGGUUACUUCCUGUGUGUUUCGUCUCUGGUGUACCCUCUCUGAUUACAGUAGCUACUCUGCCACUAACAUGGUUUACUUCUUCUACUACCUUGAUUUCGAAAACUCACUCCCUGCAGCUUGGUUCACCAUCGCAUUUGAGAUUGAGAUGACAUAUUGUGAACUAGGCUACUUUAUGACUGACCUGUGUGGUGUUGGGUAAGUCAGCCCGGUGUCUUUGUGUUUGGCUCCACUCCUUGGCUAUUAAGGGUACUCAAGCUGUUAUUCUAAACUUGUGUUCUGUGCCAUCAGGUGAAUGUAAGCACAUUUUUAAAGUUAACUCCCAAUUACAAAGUUGUUACAGUAUGGCUUUUGAUGAAGGUUUUAAAAAAACGUGUACACUGAAAUGUGCUGGGCAACUGUGCAGCUAUAUUUGAUAAAGCGCAAUGUUUAGAUAACAUGGUGAUUCUUAGAUAUUUAAGGUUUAUGUAUGAAGUGAUGUCUCUUAGACAUCUUAGAUUUUAUGCUAAAAUCAUCUGAAGUCAGUUUUCCAUCAAUACAGGUUCUUUUAAUUGCAUGACUUGCAUCAACAAUAUUAUAACAGCUGUAAUAUUGUCCAGGGCUGACAAUGCAGUUUAUUAGACUAUAUUUUUUCCAAAUCUCAUGCUCUUUGAAGGUUGCACCCAAAUUGAGGCUAUAGCAGAGCAGGAUCAUCAUCCAUAAAGUAAUAUAAGCUCUGUCUUCAGCAUUAUGGAUUAGAUUCAUGCACAUGGUGGCAGAUGGCCCAGUGUGUGUGUAAUUUUGUACAGUUGCUAAGUUUCUGUAACACAACAUGGAAGUUAUUAUUCAGGGCUGAGGAUCUGAGAUUUGAGACUGCUUUGAGCUGUGUGUGAGACUCUACCCCCCCCUGGGCAAUGCCUCUACAGUGGGCAUUGUGGCUCCUGAUUUGCCUUUACCCACUCUGGUGUGUGCUGUGCGUCCUCUCAGCCCCAAAUAAGGCCUCUUACCUUCUCUCUGCUCCUUUUCCCUGCACAGAUAAAUUGUUUACACCCAUCAGACGCCUCCCGCCGGCUGAGCGGCAUCAUUCUGCUCUCUUCAGCCUUCUCUCUUUUUCUUUCCUCAUCUGUCUGUCUUUCUCCUUCCUCCUCUCCCUCACUUCUUUGUCAGCCCCUAUCCAUCACUGUUGAUUUCUUUCCCCUCUCUUGUACAGAACCCCUGAUUCUUUCUGCAUUGUGUAAAAAUAAACGUUCUUCCUUCGAUGUAAAACUAUA